AUGUACGUUCCCAGGGCGAGCUGGUUGCUCGCUGCUUGUAUGGGGAAAAUGAUCAAUGCUUCUAAGAUACUAGAAGUGGACCUUGUUUUCCCACGCAACGAAACGUAUACGCCCACCGAGUGGUUCCCUGUUGUCUUUGCUUUUCAGAAUUUCGAGAGCGCGAGAUACCUAAAUGCGGAGAUUACCUAUAAUCUAUGGGGUUUGAAUGGCGGGAACAACUCCCAUACCCGGUCACACAAUUUCCGGACUUUCAAUUGGGAAAAUUCGACUGACGAGGAACUUUACCUUGCUUAUGACUUCUUCGGUACCUUCAACCAUGAGGGCUCUGAGGUAGAUCUUGUUGCUGCUACAGUAAACAAGUCAUGCCCCGGGGAAUACGGCGUGGUAAUCGAUGUGACCGACAAGACUAUGGAGGUCCCUAUGUGGGUGACAUGGUCUGGCGGUAAAUACACCAACGACACAUGCGCAGUGGUGGACUACUCCAAUCGGACCACGCCGAAUCCCUGCCGGGUUGACAUCGACGCGACUAGUGUUGCAAGCAUGUCGGCCUCUUUGAAAGCCCGUUUAUGCAGCGGUAUAGACCCACCAGACGAUUGCCCCCGGAGGAUAAAAGGAACGCUGCGCAACAGUUGGCUGUGGUGGGUGUAUCCUGCUUUCUGGCUGCAUUUGGGGUGA